CCCGUUUGCUUACAGCCUUUCUUACUUUGCUCAAACUCUUGGCGCAACUCGCUCGAAUACUCUUUGCAAGCCAGAACCAUGGCAUCAGCUGAGCCAGGACCUUCCCAACCAGUAGCACCCAUCCAAAUCUUGUAUUGCGGAGUCUGCACGUUUCCCGUUGAAUACUGUGAAUUUGGCUCGCAUAUAACGCGAUGCAAGGAAUGGUUGCAGAAGGAACAUCCGCCACUGUACGACAAAUACUACUCAGAAGAGGCACUCCAGGCGAAGCUGGGGACACUCAGCUUGGAGGCACAAACGAAGCUGGAGGAGGAUACUGCGAAGAAAGAGGCAAAGGCGGAAAAGAAAGCGGAUGCUGCGUUGAAGAAGAAGAUGGCAUCACAAGUCACGAUUAAGCGGAUAGAGCGGAAUAAGCGUAAAUACGUGACAGCCAUCCAUGGUCUCGAGGCGUUUGACGUCGACCUGAAGAAGGCCGCCAAGUUUUUCGCACAGAAGUUUGCGACAGGCGCAUCUGUGACGAAGAACGCGCAGGGCUUCGACGAGAUCGUUGUGCAGGGCGACGUCUCCGGGGACGUCGUCGAGAUGAUCGAGGAUGGCGUCGGCCUGCUCAAGGGCGUGCCGAAGGACAAUAUUGUCGAGGUGGAGGAGAAGAAGAAGAAGGGUGGUGCAGAAGGGGCAUGAUAUGUCAAUAAUCGCCUGGGCGUAAG